UCAGGAAUUGUUAUUGUUUAGCUUUGCUUGGUAGAGCUGGACUUAUGUUUUAUAGGUUUAGAUUUAUCUAAUUAUUCUGGUUAGUUCAUUCAUAUACUUAACUCUAGCUUGGGUUGUGCAUUGCCUGGGCAGUAUGCAUCAUCACAAUAGCAUAUGGUCACAUUUUCGAAGUGAACAUUUUAUAAGUGAGGCAUUAAGAUAAGAUUUAUACCCAGUACUCACCACAGUGCUGCUAAUUAAGACAGAAAUCUGCCAAUUGACAUCUGCGGAAGAAAUGCACACAACAUCAAGCUAACCAUAUUAUCUCUCUUCUGCUUUCAGCUAUUACAUACACGUGUAAGCACUUGAGGAUAACUGCGUCUACAAAGAGGUGUGGGACACAAUGAUACCAUCAGGUAAACCGACUGAGGAUGAUAUCUACUGUGCCUGUCUAUCCAAGUCCCUAUGUCAGAUAUCCACGCCAGUCACCGUUGGACUAUAUUCCCCAUUUGGUGGCCGGGUCUAUAUGCUGCUGGGACGAAUUAUCAAGUGUAUGAGGGAAGAGGCUUUGCACGUAACUCAGAAACAAGAGACAGAAUUUAAAGAAACAACCAGGAAACCUGUUGGAUGGGGCUUUCUCCUUCUUCUCUGGCGCCUUUUAUUCUUUAGCCCUGUGGUGACAGAAAAUCAUCAGAAACGCAAAAGUAUUGAAUUCAUCUUUGUGAACUUUAGUGCCUGGCAGUAUGCAGGAAGUGACCGCCUCUGGGCUGGACUGGUCACCACACUUUGUGACCGCAUAAGGAAACAUUUUGGAGCACUCUCUCUCAGCAUCUUUAGUGUCCUGGGUUCUGCACCUAAAACGGACCCAGGUGACAAAGGUGACAAAGAAUGGAUCUUCAAAAAGUCAUUUUUCAUUAAGCUGGUGGUGAUUCUUUUACUACUUAUUAUUGGCUUGAUCCUCAUUUUGGUGCCUAUAAGAACCAAGAAUAAUGAAGGAGAAGAGAAGGUUUCCACGGUAUUUGGAGUUCUCGCCACUUUGGUGUCUGGAUCAGGUAUUAUCAUGACGUUUUACAAAUUAGCUAAGAGUGUCCUCAUCAGCCAAAAGCAAAAGAUUGAACGUCUGGUUAACAGUCAGAAAUUUAGUUCCCAGAUGGGCUUCAUGAAUGACAUAAAGAAAGAGGUUGAGUUAAUCACACAGAUGAUCCAGUGUAUGGAAAUUUUUCAGAAGCAGAGAAUCCGUGUGGUUCUGCAGGUCACUAGCCUGGAGCUAUGUGCUCCUGACAAAGUGGUUGGUGUUUUGGAUGCCAUGAAUACUCUGCUAUCUGACCGUAGAGCUCCAUUUAUCUCCAUCUUGGUUGUGGACCCAAGUAUCAUUGUCACUUGUUUGGAGAAUGCUAACUCACUGAAAGGUAUGGCAGAUAAUGGAUACAUGUUCCUCAACCGUACCGUAACUCUUCCAUUUUCUGUUCCUGCACUUGGCAAAAAGACAAAGUUGCAGCUUCUAAAGAAGGCAGUACAGAAGACAGAAGACCUAAUAGACUGGCCAUGUAGGAACGAUGCAAAUCGUGGAACAAAAACAGGUAUAGCAGAGUCUGUUAAGUUACUAAGGGAGGAACUGUCAGAUGAGGAGGAGACAGAUGUAAAGACUUCCUUCAUUCAACCUCUGCACUGUAUACAGGAGACUUUUUCGGCUCUAUACAGUGAGCGGGGAGUUCUCCAUGAGUACAUCCCUGACAGCAUUUGCCAGAUGAAACGUAUUGUCAACACUAUACCAGUUAUGGUCCACCUGAUGAUGCUGAAUAACAUUCCAUGGGACAAAAUAUCAGCAAGAAAUGUUGCUGCAUGGGUGGUUCUUUGCAAUCAGUGGCCCUGUCGCCUAAGCUGGGUACUACAGUGUCUGGAAGAUGAGGAGCAGAAUGGGAGCAAUGAAGAAUUUUGCAACUGCCUACUCUGGGAUGUAUUCAAGCAGAAUAGCAAGGAACUGUUUUCCCUUAAGGCUGGACUGAAGAACCUUUUUGACUUGGAUGGAGAUCCUGAGAUAUUCAACAAGUUCCUAUCUCAGGACUUUCCUUUUACAGUGCAGGAGUCCAACAGGCUUAAACGAUGCACAGUCAACUUGGACUUCUCUAUAAAGAAUAAAAUGGGGCUCCAUAGGGGGAUAAACAAUCUGCAGAAUGACUGGAAAAAGGCAGAGAUCAAAAAAGAAGAACAUAAAGAUGAUGAGUGCAGUGGUAACAUUGAGAAGGAAGGAUGUGGGUGUAGAGAGGAAGUCCAGGAACAACAGAUUAAAAAAAUUGAGGAUCUUGGAAAUACUAGAGAGUCUCAAAAUAUACAACAGGUUGAGUGUUUAAUUGAAAUCCAAAGAAAACAGACAUAUUGUUCAGAAGAUCUUCAAAAGCAAAAGGAAUGUCAGCACAUAGACAAAACCCAGAAAAGAGAUGAAUUGUCUGGGUGGAUACAGCAAAUUCAGCAAAGAGAUGGGGUGUCUGGAGGUGCAGAGGACACACACACACAAGCAAAUGUAUCAGUGGAGAAUCAGAAGAGAGAGGGAGAAUCUCAGAAUAUAUCAGAGAAGCAAGAAAAGCUGAGUGAUGAGGUUAUGGGGAAGGGUUAUAUGGAGCAAUGGAAAAAUAAGAGAACAUAUAGGGCAAGUUUAUAUGGCUAUACAACAGGAGGUAAAUAAACUGGCUAUGUGGGGUUAUAGAAGAAGCUUUAGAGAGAUAGGCUUAUAUGGCACAAUAGGAAGAAUCACAUGGAAGGGUUAUAGGGGAAACUAAAGUGACAAGGUGAGUCCUGUACUUAUGUAUAUAACUGCACAGACAUCCUGUGGCUCAGAAUUAAGUCCCAUCACAUUGCAGCUGCUAUGCAUAUUUGUACAAUGUAAUUUACAGCCACGUGGGAGUCAGAAUUAUGCUACUCUGCAUAUGCACCAGUACAUUUGCAGCUCCAAUUUGUGAUUUGCUGUAGCACAUAUAGUCACCAGGCAAUAAAAGGCUUGUCAUAAACUUAUACAGAGGUGAAAAAUACCACAAUAGUUCACUAGUUAGGAAAUGUAUGUGUGUAUAUGUUGUAUAGAGAGAGAGAUGGAAAUAGAUUGACACCGACAGACAGACACAGACAGAUAGAUAGAUAGAUAGAUAGAUAGAUAGAAGAUAGAACAUAGAUAGACAGAUAGAUAGAUUACUGUAU